AUGAUUCAUGACAUCGAUAUCGCUAGGGUAUUAAUCGAUACUGGAAGUUUAGUUGAUAUCAUCUUCAAAGAUACUCUCGAGAAGAUGAAGAUCAAUCAGUCCGAAAUCGUGGAAAAUCCUAGCCCGCUAGUGGGUCUCUCCGGAGAAGCCACUAUAGCGUUCGGAUCAAUUAAUCUCGCGGUCAAAGCUGGGACCAUGACAAAAGUCACAGAGUUUUUAGUCGUAGACCGCCCCGCGUCUUAUAACGUUAUCAUGGGUACGCAAUGGUUGAAUUCCAUGUGCGCGAUCCCGUCAACAUACCACCUUUGCCUCAAAUUUCCAACUCCUAACGGAAUCAAGGUAAUAUGGGGAAAUCCGAGAGUAACGCGGGUAUGUUUCACCGCAGAACUAAAACGAAAAAGGCCAGACCUCGAAACCAUUCCUAGAAAAGUAGAGAAAACGGCCUCUGGCGAAAACACCCGAAAUCGAGAUUCGGCAGAACUCUUCUGGCAAUCUCGUAAAAUUGCGGCCGUGGAAGAAAAACGCAAACCAACCUUCAAACCCGUGGUGACGGUAUGUCUCGACGAAGCAUUCCCAGAACGGUGUGUCGAGGUCGGAGCCAACCUCCGCGAGCCUUUAAGGACAGAAUUCAUAACCUGUCUGAAAAAGAAACUUAAUACUUUCGCGUGGGCCACAGAGGAUAUGCCAGGAAACGACAUUAACAUAACAUGUCACGAACUGAACAUCGAUCCAACUUUCAAACCGGUCAAACAAAAAAGACGUUACAACCAAAUUAGGAUGAACUCUGAGGAUCGCGAGAAAACUGCAUUCAUUACCGAUCGCGGGACUUAUUGCUAUGAGGUGAUGCCUUUCGGCCUCAAAAAGGCCGGCGCAACUUACCAACGACUCGUGAACCGGAUGUUCUCCGAUCAACUCGGUAAAACGAUGGAGGUCUAUAUCGGCGACAUGCUCGUCAAAUCCCUCAAGGCAAAAGAUCACGUGUCUCAUUGA